AUGACGCCUUGCGUCACUUCACUCACAACGAAUCAAGCUUUGGCCAUGAUCGACAUCCUUGGGGUCAUCUUCGAAGCCUGUCUUGCCUUAAACUUUUCUGUCGAAUGGCAGAGCGACGUUCGCCAAAAGAUGGCUCUUGGGGCAGUGUGCAGGUGUUGGAGACUCGUCUUGGAGUCACUUCCCGCCUUGUGGUCGUGCAUAAUUCUAGUCCCGCGAAUGCCUCAGUACUACAUCGACAAAGUUUUUCGUCUUGCCAAGGCAACUCCGAAACGUUUGCGCAUCGAUAUCUACUCGGAAUUGGCCCCCACAUUCUUACCCUCGAUUGCCGCUCUCUUGGUCGCUACAGCAGAGACCGUCACUCAUCUCUGCGUGCAAUAUUCCUCUUAUUCCACAUGGGAUGGAUUUAUCAACCACAUAUCAGCAAUCCACUCCCAACCACGCUUUACCUCACUCCAACAAUUCUCCGCUACCACUCCUAUCCCUCUUUGGAGUGAACUUGACGCUGACCUCCCUCAUCGGUUCCCGGGUUAUGCCCCAAAUCUGCAGCACCUCCUCCUUCAUGGGUUGCCUUUGUCCUCAUUUGCCGUUGGUCCCAAUAUUAAUUCUUUGGCCCUCACAAAUUUGAACUCGGUCUACGAUGAUGCGACAUCCACCGUGUUUGCCCUCUGCCUCUUGGACACCCUUCGUCACACUCCCAGACUCAGCAUGCUCAUGGUUGGCGCUCCACCAGAGUCCACCCUCCAUCUUAAUGCGUCAAAUUCGCUUGCACCUGUGGUUCUUCCUCAUUUGCACACUUUCUCUUUUCUUUGCAUGCUGUCCUCGACACAUCGCUGUGGCUUUUUGGCCUCCUUGAUUGUCGCCCCACAACUUCAAACACUAUCCGUGGGUUUGGCCAAUGUUCCCAAUACGAAGGACUUCAUCUCGCUAAAUUCAUCCAAAAUCUCCGUCAUCGCGGGGCUCCAUCUUUUGGGCAACACAUCUGCUUACCUCGAGUUCACUAGUGGCGGCGCCCAAAAGCUUUUGUCUUCUUUGACUGGGAGCAACCUUCGAUCCAUCGAUUUCCUCGAUCUCGUGGGUAGUUUUGAUUUCGAUGCUGAUCACAUCGUCGAUGUUCAACGAGGGCUCUUGGAAAUUCUUACCCAUGCACUCUCUUUACCUGCUAUUCGCCUGCUGGUCAUACCGCCGUUAUUUUUACCUCCACAUCCCGGCUCACGUAGAAGCUUGAUGUCAUCUCUAUUCGACGAUCUUCCGAGGGAUUCCAAAGCCAAACACAUCUUGGAAGCACAUGCAGUGUGUCUCUCUUCGGAGGAAAAUCAUUCAAACUGUGGUUUAUUGUGGUCUUGGGAGCAUCGAACACUUACCUUGCGAAGUGAACCCAGUCAUUAUAGAGUGGGAUGGUUCGGAGCUGAAUUUUUUGUACCGGUUAAUUUUCUCUAA